GAAAGAUCAUAUUCCGUGUUACCAACUGAUGAUCCAAUUAUAUUCUGUUUUAUUGGUGUUUUUUAAGAAGACCACUUCCUGCUAAUGAGCAGCAAAAUAUUGUUUCCUUCCACCCUCUGGUUUGAACGGAAAACAAGGCAAUGCUUGUAAGGGCUGCUUUAGUGGAUAUAAUAUUUGCUUUAAAGAAUUUAUAUUGAAAGCAGCACUUUGAACACAACUUGGGAUGAAUCGUCAAUGCCCUUGGCACAUAGCGGUGCUUCUUAGGGCAUUUUUGUUAAUUGCUUGGUGGUUGUCCACAGUACAAGGACACAAUCAAAACCGGUGCCAAUUAAAACUCUCCUAUUCAAAAGCUACAGUCUAUGUUGUAGAAGGCUCCGUGUUUUCUCUCUCAUGCACCGCUAGCUACUGUGAGAACAAUUCCUCUGUGCCAGAAUUAAACUGGUGUAAGCAGACAUCAGAAGGUUGUACAUUGCUGUCUCAGCUGGAUGAAUUUGUCAAUGGAGCCACAUACGACUCACAUUUUGGGCCCAGUACGAUGACUUCUAUUCUUUGGAUUUCCCCUGCUCACAUUAACCACCACGGAGUCUAUCAGUGUCAGGGCCAUCUCCCCAGCCUCAGCUCAGCCACUGUGAUGGGCCACAUGAUAACAGUUUUGGUAGUGGAAUUCAAGAUGAUUAUUCCCAAUUCCAAAAUGAGAGGACAAAGAGGGGGUUUCCUAAGGCUUCAGUGCAUUGUGAAAUUCGAUAAGAAUUUGAAUAACACACUGACAGUAUUUUGGACAAAGGAUAAUGAAAACUGUAGCCAGCCAAUGCCAACAAACAGAGGUGGUAUCAGCAACCAAACAACGGCAACAGACAGACGUACUUUUACACUGACUCUAUCCAACCUCCAAAAUGAAGAUGCUGGAGUUUACUACUGCUGUGCUGCUCCAUAUUUAUCAUCGCAAAUCAUUGCAAUGCGUUCGAUAAAUGUGCAAGUCCAUGCAUUCAACAGUGUCCUGUUGAGCUUUAUUCUGCUCAUUAUCUGCAAAGCUGUUACCUUGGUGAUUCUUAUGGCGGUUGGCCAAACUUGGGCUUGUAAACAGAAAUGACAAUGGUAGAAAUCUGAAUAUGCAACACUGGAGAAGAAAAUGAAUGAAAACCUUGUCAAAUAGAAAUGCUGCAACACUUGGACUUUUGGAUCGUGUAUAUGCUGCUUCACACAUUCACUUUUAUGCUUGUGUUUUAUGUCCUGUGAUCUGCUGUAAAUCACUUUCCAGCCAUUACUGGAAUAUUCUUAAUAGGUCACAAGAUCACACGAUAAACACAGAUGAAGGAGGCCAUACCUCUCCCACUUCAAUGGAAAGGAAAAUCUGUCUGGGUGCAAAACAUGCUGCCCAUUUGCUGCUACCUAUUUUCCACCACCCCCAUAAAUUACAAUGACCAUUAAACCUCAAAAAUAUAAAUGUGUGCGUCCCGAUUAGUUUUGCAGGCAAAAUAAUGUAUCAAGUAUAAGGAGAAUGUCACUCUAAUUAUUAAACAAUCUGCCUUUGCAGUGAAUAAUAACACAAUAUAUACACAAAGUUAUAUAUUUUCUUCCUUUCCCAGACCACUGCCGUUUGUUCCCAUGCCGCAUGUCAUGACAACAGUCCUGAGAUGAUUUCCCACUUUGGGAGGGGCCGAUGACUACUAGGACCCCCUUGUCAGCAGUGAAGCUGUGUUCAGCCAUAGCUCAGUUGGUAGCACUCGCUGCUGAGUCAAAAGGCUUUGCGCUCAAGCCCCACUUGUGACUUAAACGUGCUAUCUAGGCUGCCACUCCAUGCAGUACUGAUUGAGAGAGUGCUACAAGAUUGGAGGUACCAUCUUUUGGAUGUGGCUGUGGCAUUUAGCCGAGGCCCCAUUUGCCCACUCAUGUGGACUUAAAAGAUCCCAACGCAUUAUUCGAAGAAGGGCACGGAGGUUCUCCCCUGUGCCCUGUCCAAUAUUUAUCUCUCAAACAACGUAACUUAAAAUCAGACUCUCUAGUCAUGAUCACAUUGCUGUUUGUGGGACCUUGUUGAGUGCAAAUUGGCUGCCAUAGCUUCUACAUUGCAACAUUGACUGCACUUCAAAAGGGCUUUACUGGCUGAAAUGCACUUCAGGAUGUCCUAAGGGCAUGGGAAGCACCAUAAAAAUGCAAGCCUUUCUUUCAUUCAGCAGCAUUCAGAUUUAAGCCUGUACCCCACCCUGUUAUAGCUUUGUACAUGGGUACUGUGACAUACAAUACUGCUUAACAUUCUUUUUUGCUUUUAUUCCUAUUUUAAGGUUGAUGUGUAUGCUGAUUAAAUAAGGCCAUGUCAAUAAUAAUGAAACAUUCUGGAAGUUUGCAAACCCACUGCAUUAUGGUACAGCAAAGUAAAUGCGAUGUUAAAUUCAACGUUACUGGAUCUUUCAUGAUUCUGAAGAGUGAAAUUGAAUCUAUGUUUCUCUGUUAAUAUUGAAUUCCUGGAACUAAUGCCUAUUUAG